AUGGCAGCAAAAAAUGCAAUAUCAGUCUCGCAAUUUGCCGAGCACUUUCGCCUAGCAUGGUCGGGCGUCAGAGGAGUCGUUCCUCAUGGUCACCAGGGCCUUAUUGAAGAUGUAGCUCAUCUUCCGCGACGAGUCGGUCUUGCUGUUAGUGGCGGUGCUGACUCCAUGGCCCUGGCUUAUCUAUGCCGGCAGCUUGAAAAAACACCUAUUGGCGGUCCGAUUUCUGUGACCGCAUUUGUUGUUGAUCAUCAUGCUCGAGCAGAAAGUAGCGCAGAGGCGAAAACUGUCAAAUCUUGGCUUUCAGCUUUAGGGAUUGAUACCCAAAUAUUGGAACUAGACUGGUCUCAAAUAUCGGGCUCUCAGGAUCAAUCAACUCAGUCAAAUGCUGCGCUAACAAUGCCCACUGCUUUUGAAACGCAUGCUCGCCGGCUACGAUUUCAAGCCCUGGGUAAAGCCUGUCGCAAAAACGACAUUCAGGCUCUACUUCUAGGUCAUCACCGCGAUGACUCUAUUGAAACAACCAUAUGGCGCUUAGCCACGGGUGCCCGCCGUGCUGGGCUCGGCGGAAUUCAAAGCAUAGCCCGAAUCCCAGAAUGCCACGGCAUCUUUGGAGUCUCCGAGAGCGGCAAAUCUCUACAAUUUGCAAACUCCAACAAUAAUAAUGGCAAGGGAAAAACAAAUAACUCAUUAUACUCAUCCAAAGAGUCCUUUGCUACUGGAGGAGUAUUUGUCUGCCGUCCUCUCCUCUCUUGCUCGAAGACCCGAUUGCUUGCAACUUGUCACGAAAACAAUAUUCCCUACGUCUCUGACCCGACUAAUUUCGACCCUACUCUCACUCCUCGGAACGCUGUUCGCAGCUUGAUUUCAUCUAAUUCUCUACCACUUGCACUCCAGGGUCCUCGAAUCCUUGAAUUAAUCCGUUCCAGUCGUGAUCUCCUACAAGUAUCAAGCAGUCUUUCAGAUCAGCUUCUCUCAUCGCGAUGUCGCAUUCUCAAUAUGAACUUGCGAACUGGCACACUCACUAUCCAAGUCUCGGAAGUUCCAUCGUGGAUGGACCCGUUGGCUGCGCAUAAUUCUCUCGAAAGGGUUCGUCAAAUUCAGGCUCUGAGCCUUCGUCGAAUUACAGAGCUCGUGUCGCCUUUUCCUCAAAAUCAUUUCUCGCUACGGAGCUUCGAACCAUUUGUUUCUCGAAUUUUUGGUUCCACAGACCAAAUCCCCCACGAGAACCUUAAUGCUCCUCGGUCCUUUACUCUGGGAGGGGUGAUGUUCAGUUAUGUGGCUUCUGAUGAUAAUCAGACGAAAUCUGGUGGCAAGAGUACAUGGCGUCUUGCACGGCAACCUUUCAUGAAAAAUCGAGCACCAACCACAUCGUUUGAGCUUCCUUUCCCGACGGAGAAAAUGACCAGCAGUCGGAAGCCAAGUUACACCCAUUGGGCUCUUUGGGAUGACCGGUAUUGGAUUCGAUUCUCUCUUGUACUAAACAACAAACAACAGAAGAAUCGCUCCACUUUACCUGAAGGUGGAUCCCUGGGAAGUGGUCUGGCUUUGCAAAUACGUUCGCUACAACAAUCCGAUUUCCAGGAACUUAAUAAGGAUAAAGUGACAGCGAUUCGUCUGGCCAACUUACGCAAAUUAUUAUCAACCGAAGCGCCGGGACCAGCACGAUUUACAAUUCCUGUGCUCACAAAUGCAGGCUUGAUCGGUAAGCCUUUGGAAAAGGGAAAUCUGUUGGCCUUACCUACCCUGGAUUGCCCUCUACAUGGUCCUCAUCUGAAAGAUACGAAUACUAUGGAGAUCGUAGUUGGAGGGACUUCGUGGGUAUUAAGAUGGGCAUGGAUGUUCAAAAUGAUCGAUACCGAUGCAUUGCGCCUGAUGGGCAGGCCAGUGGAAGCUUAA